UAGAACUACAAUGCCAAGAACUUUUAUUGGUCUACCUAAAAUGAAAAAAGAAGAGGAGGAGAAAGCAUUUGAUCGAAAUUUUAAAUCUGUCAAUGAUAUUCAAAUAAACGAAAUCCCAGAUCAAACUACCAAAAAAAGACAUUUAAGCAAUACUGUAUUGAAAUCUAUCAACAAUGGCAAUUAUAACGAACAAAUUAACCUUGCCUCAAUCUCCAAAGAACAUAAAUGA